UUCCUGGCCGGCACCCCCGAGCACCGGUGCGCGCUGCCCCGCGGCGCCAACCUGAGCGGCGAGUGGCGCAACGCGAGCAUCCCGCUGGAGGAGCGCGGCGGGCGGGCGGCGCCGAGCCGCUGCCGCCGCUACCGCCUGGCCGCGCUCGCCAACUUCUCGGCGCUGGGGCUGCGGCCGGGCGCCGACGUGGAGCUGGCGGCGCUGGAGCAGGAGCGCUGCCUGGACGGCUGGGAGUACAGCCGGGAGCUCUACCGCUCCACCAUCGUCAGCGAGUGGAACCUGGUGUGCGAGGACGACUGGAAGGCGCCGCUCACCACGUCCCUCUUCUACGUGGGGGUGCUCGUGGGCUCCUUCGUCUCGGGGCAGCUCUCGGACAGGUUUGGCAGGAAGAGUGUCCUCUUCUCCACCAUGGCCGUGCAGACCGGCUUCAGUUUCCUGCAGAUCUUCUCUACCAGCUGGGAGAUGUUCACGGUGCUCUUCCUCAUAGUGGGGAUGGGACAGAUCUCCAACUACGUGGUGGCCUUCAUUCUGGGAACAGAAAUUCUUGGCAAAUCAGUUCGUAUUAUAUUCUCUACGUUAGGAGUUUGCAUAUUUUUUGCAAUUGGCUACAUGUUGCUGCCACUAUUUGCUUACUUCAUCAGAGAYUGGCGGAUGCUGCUACUGGCUCUCACCGUGCCGGGGGUGUUCUGCGUUCCGCUGUGGUGGAUCAUUCCUGAAUCCCCUCGGUGGCUGAUCUCCCAGGGAAGAUAUAAAGAGGCAGAAGUUAUUAUCCGAAAGGCUGCAAAAAUAAAUGGCAUUCCAGCCCCAGCUGUGCUUUUCGACACCAUGGAGAUGCAGGAUUCGAAGCCUCAGCAGCAGCAGAAGGCUAUCCUUCUGGACCUAUUUCGAACCCGAAACAUUGCAACUAUUACUAUUAUGUCAUUACUUUUGUGGAUGAUAACAUCGAUUGGUUACUUUGGCCUGUCACUCAGCACCCCAAAUUGGCACGGAAAUGCCUACGUCAACUGUUUCCUCUCAGCGGUUAUUGAAAUUCCAGCUUACGUGAUUGCCUGGCUUCUCCUCCGCUACCUGCCCCGACGGUACUCGAUAUCUGCCACAUUGUUUUUAGGAGGAAGUGUUGUCCUCUUCAUUCAGCUGGUUCCUACAGAUGCUCAUGCCCUGUCUAUUUUUCUGGUGAUGCUUGGAAAAUUUGGAAUCACAUCAGCCUUUUCUAUGCUCUAUGUCUACAAUGCUGAGUUAUACCCAACGUUAGUGAGAAACAUGGCAGUGGGCGCCACCUCCACCGCUUCCAGAGUGGGCAGCAUCGUCGCUCCGUACUUCGUGUACCUGGGUGCCUACGACAGAUUUCUACCUUACAUCCUCAUGGGAAGCUUGACUGUGCUGAUAGGGAUCCUUACCCUGUUCCUCCCUGAAAGCUUUGGGAAUCCUCUCCCGGAGAACUUCGAGCAAAUGCAAAGGGUGAAAUGUUUCAGAAAUGCACAAAAAACCACUGGUGUUAGGAAAUCAAAAGAGAAUCCUAAAAUGCUGGUAACACCAUUGUGAAGAAGGCUGGCCACUCAGAAGGGCUGCAAGAACAAGGAAAACAAAACCCAACAGUUAAUACUACUGUGCCAUAGUUAUGAACCUAUAUCCCCUUUUGCUGCUGUCUUUUACUGUAGUUUACUGCACAGAUGCUGUCUAUUCCCAUAGGGUUGUUUAGUCUGUAAUUCAGUGUUCUGAUAGUYGGAGUUUUUCAGCAGACAGUCCCUGUCGAAAACAGGAGCUGGAUGUGCCAAGUGCGUUUGAAGAGCGGGCUAGAAACAAGUAUUGGGAAUAAUACAGCAAUGACUCCAGUCAUGUACUCAGUGAAAGCUGCUUAUGGAAAAAUUGAAAGGCCAGUUAAAAAAAAGAAAAGAAAAUAAAAAACAGAGGGAACAUCCUGCAUAUUAACUGGAAGAGGAGCAGCUGGGUACCUUUCUUUGGAAAUCUCAGCAUGCAUCCCUAAAGGAAAGAUCCCAGCCUCCUUUGAAACCUGUCCCAAUCCCAGUACACAUUAAGUGGAAUCAGAA